CUGCGAUUGAUAUUUAAAAACCCAGGCAGCCUGACGGUGACUUAUCUCAGCAUGCUGUAGUGUUUAUAUGUCAUAUCGUUUGUUGUAGGAACUCUUAUGCAAGAUGGGUAAAGGCAAAAAGUCGACUUCUGCCAAACGAGGACCUGAGGACGGCAGAAUAAACGAGAAAGUAGAAGAGGCUAAAGAGAACAAACCUGGAAAACCCACAACAUGCCAAGUGCAGCCAACAAUACAUAGUUGUCUGAAUCUCAGCAAGCCGCUUCGCAGUAACCCACUGGGUGUUAUUUUAGACGACAAUACAACGGGACCUUUACCUAAAGACACCAGCAAACAGAAUGAAGUCAAAGAUGCAGAGCUGAAUGCACCUAAAGAAGGGGACACUAGCAAACAGAGCCCUGUUUGUGGACAUAAUGAGCAGACUGCUGUGCCUCAUAAAGGGUCUGGGACAAGGAAACAAACUAAAUCUGGGCAAAGGAUAAAUUCUGAAAAGACAGACAGGAAAUUGAAAAACAAAGAAUCUGAACUCAAUCGAAAGGUCACCGAUUAUUUUCCAGUCAGGCGAAGUGGCAGGAAAAGCAAAGCUGAGUUAAAGUGUGAAGAGCAGCGGCACAUUGACGAUCUCAUCAGAAACAAUGUUGAAGAGGGGCUCAAGGUGAAAAAUAUUGAGGGAAAAGGAAGAGGUGUUUUUGCAGACCGAGCGUUUCAGAAAGACCAGUUUGUAGUGGAGUAUCAUGGGGAUUUGUUAGAAAUUGCUGAUGCAAAGGCAAGAGAGUCUCAAUAUGCUCAAGACCCAGCCACCGGCUGCUACAUGUACUAUUUCCGCUACCACGAUAAAACCUACUGUGUGGAUGCUACUAAAGAAACCAACCGUCUGGGCCGGCUGAUCAACCACAGUAAGAACGGCAAUCUUCGGACCAAGCUGCACGAGAUCAACGGCAAACCUCACCUCAUCUUCCUGGCUUCCAGAGACCUCAAAGUAGACGAGGAGCUGCUGUAUGAUUACGGUGACCGCAGUAAAGAAGCCAUCGCUGCUCAUCCUUGGCUUAAGCAGUAAUUCACUCUGUUUAGUUGACUUCUGCUGAUGGGAGUGGAGUAACGUAGACAUGCAAUGAUGUUUGGAGUUGCAAAAUUAGUUCACUGAAACAAAUGGUAGCAUAAAAUGAAUUGUGUGGUGUUUUGGAAGACCUGCAGUACCUCUAACUUAUUUUAUUUUUAAAUGAUUAUUACAUAUUAGAUUGAGGCUGAAUGAUGUGAACCUUUUGAGCUAAUUGUUUAACAUCUUAACAGCUGAGAAACAUUCACUCGAUGAAAAUGUACUCACCUUGUCAUUCCAAACUUCUAGGAACUUUUAGUUCUAAAAAAGAGGAGAUAUUUUGAAAAAUGUUUCAGCUGUUCAGUCAGAGGAAAGGAGUGAUUCAAUAAAAAUAUCUUACAUUUUACACAAGAUGGAUAAGAUAUAAAUGUUUGGGAAUAACAUGAAGGUGAGCAAAUGACAAGUUUGUUUAUUUGGGUGAACUAUUCAUUUUAACAAGACAUGUUUCAGAACACCAGCCUCUGAUAUGAAGGAUAAGACAAUAUUCAAAUUGAUGUAGUUACUGUACAUUUGUAUAUGCAAAAUGAAGUUUUUAAUCGUAAAGCAAUUACACCACAUUUUUAAAAAUU